AGGGAGCAAAGGCAAAGGGAAGGGAGCUGGAUUGCAUCUGCACGGAGAAGCUGAGAUCUGAAAGUUGAUCAAAUACUUGAAAUUCCGCUUCCGUCUGAGAGGGGCAGCCUCUGAUUAAAGUAAGGACUUUCUUGAGGAUUUUCUUCUCGUUCUCUCUGUCCCUCAAUCAACCCACCGAGAUUUAGCAAUGGCUUCUUCACCCCAGAAAUCUCCGUCCACCCCCAAAUCUCCUACCGGUACUCCUAAAUCGCCUCCUUCAAGAAAGAAAGAUGACUCCUUUCUCGGCAAACUUGGAGGAACUUUGGCAAGGAGGAAAAAAGCGAAAGAAGUCUCUGAACUCCAGGAGGAAGGGAUAAAUGCUAUCAACCUGCCUCUCAGCCCUAUUCCUUUUGAGCUGGACCCCGAGGAUACCAUGCUAGAAGAGAAUGAAGUCAGAACAAUGGUUGACCCAAACUCCAGAAAUGACCCCAGACUUCAAGAGCUAAUGAAGGUAUUAAUAGACUGGAUCAAUGACGUGCUGGUUGGAGAGAGAAUCAUUGUGAAGGACGUGUCGGAGGAUCUGUAUGAUGGACAAGUGCUCCAGAAGCUGUUUGAAAAGCUGGAGGGCGAGAAACUGAAUGUGGCUGAAGUGACCCAAUCAGAAAUCGCUCAGAAACAGAAGCUGCAGACGGUUUUAGAGAAGAUCAAUGACACUCUGAAAGUCUCCCCCAGGAACAUCAAAUGGAAUGUUGACUCUGUCCAUGCCAAGAGCUUGGUGGCCAUUCUCCACUUGUUGGUAGCCCUGUCCCAGCACUUCAGGGCACCCAUCAGACUACCUGAUCAUGUGUCUAUCCAGGUGGUGGUUGUUCAGAAACGCGAGGGAAUUCUUCAGUCUCGCCAGGUUCAAGAGGAAAUCACUGGCAACACUGAGGCUUUGUCAGGAAGGCAUGAAAGGGAUGCCUUUGACACGUUGUUUGAUCACGCACCGGACAAGCUGAAUGUUGUGAAAAAGACCCUGAUCACAUUUGUGAAUAAGCAUUUAAAUAAACUCAAUCUGGAGGUUACCGAAUUAGACACUCAGUUUGCUGAUGGUGUCUACCUCGUUCUUAUCAUGGGACUACUGGAGGACUAUUUUGUUCCUCUGUACAACUUUUUUCUCACCCCAGAACACUUCGAACAAAAGGUACAUAAUGUUUCCUUCUCCUUUGAACUGAUGCAGGAUGGAGGUUUGGAAAAACCCAAACCCAGGCCAGAAGAUAUCGUGAAUUGUGACCUGAAGUCAACUUUGAGAGUGCUCUACAACCUGUUCACCAAAUACAGGAAUGUGGAGUAAACAGGAAGUGACUCGGGGUGUGUUUCCAGAGCAACGACUACUAAGAGCUGUUUGCCCCGCCUUCCCGUUUCAUUCAGUGCAAUGGAAAACAUAGCCACAGUACAGAUACAGUAGGUAACUGUGUGGCUCAGUGGUAAUAUAAGUCUCAAGACUCUAUAGUGCCUAUUUAAAAGAUAAGGGACCACAGAAUUUAAAAGAGGCCAUAAAAUGAGGCCCAUAGGAACAAUACAACAGUAUUAUAUAGUAUACACCCUAAAUCGUUCAUAUAUUUUACUAUCAAAACAUACAAAUUCAUUGGUUGCAAGUUCCUUCCUUGUAGUAUUUUUAUGGUAAAAUCCACUGGUCCCAUUUCUUGUGCUGAAGAUCUUUGAGUUCUUUGCCUGUUAAUACUUUAUACAGAAAGUACAGGUUUGUGUAGAUUGAAAAAGUUGAAGUUGUUUCUUCCUGGUAUCUACUGUAUGGAGUGAAAUUGAGUGACAGUACAGCACAGUAAGUGAUUUCGUACCACGAAGUAGCAACUUUUACUUCUUUAGCAUCGUCUUUGAAAUUUUUCCAUAGUGUAAAAUACAAAACAAAUAACCAAAAGAACUUUAAACAGAAAACAGGCAUGUGAUACUAUAUACUAGUCUUGUAGUAUGAGAGGAAAGGAAAUUAUUUUAAAGAUUUUGAAACCAACAAUUAAUGUUUGUUGUGCUAAAAUGAAAUGGCUUCCAAAAGUAGCUAUACCAUAUCAACAAUUACAACGAAUUGAAAUCCUAGAAAGCAAGUUCUACUAAACCAAUAAUUUAGGCUGACAGUCUUUCACAUGAGAAGCAUUCAUUUGGUUCACUGCUAAGAUCCUUUUAGCUGAAACUCUACACUCUCUAAGCUAUAAGCUAUACAAUUAAUAACUACACCUGUAUAGUUCUUAAAAUCUUAUUAUUAUUUAUUCAUGAAUUUGAAUGAUCAUUUGAAGAGGGUCCACAGAAGAGGAUCAAUUGUUAUAUUUUAAACUAUUAAAAAUAUAUUUUUAGAUUAAUUAUUUUUUCGGUAAGAAGAAUCUCAUGUCAUAUUAAAUAUACUUACCCCAAAUUGGUGUAACUUACCACUGUGCUGAUAUAAUAUUUGCGGACAGUGUAUUAACAUUACAUGUGUAUGUCUCCAGGCUGACUCUGUAUCCAGGUUAAAUGUCUAAUGGAUAACUUACUGUAUGAAAAUCAUGAUAUUUGCAUUGGG